GCCGAUAUUAGCCCUUUUCAAAUCAGGGCGAAAAAUAAAUAAUCCGAUUUUUCUCUUAACAAACGCUAAUGGACAAAGUCUUGUAAAACAGUUCAAUGUUCUGCUUGUAAUUCAUGACUUUUUAUUGUUGUAAGAAUGACUGCGGUUUGAUGACAUCAUAUGAUGGGUUGAAGCUGAACUUGCUAAAAUGUUGUUUUCUUUCUGGCUGGUGUCUUCAGAUCAAAGUUCAAUACAUGUAUUUCAUUUAUAUACAAAUAUGAUAUGUGUAAACCCAAACGAAGCCUCAAGAUUGGCUGUUGUCAUCUUUGCUGGCUGUUGAAGACGUUGAAAGUUCCCACGGCUGCUCUGUUGCGAUCUCCUGCUGUUGACUUCCGCCAUUUAGCCGAGCCAGAAGGAGUUGCUGCGGCCCUGGAGGGAUGUGGUAACCGGAGAGGGUCCUUGCGAUAAUACGGGCGGUCGGCAAGGUUCUGGAGAAGCUGCAGUUUUUGUCGUGAUUCGGGGAGACCAAAGGGGAAAGCGUUGCAAUAAUGCAGCCGGAAGUGACGAGGCUACGAAGUGUAGGCCGUUGAAGCGAACGUGGGCAGAGCGGGUGAGGUGGUUUAUGUGUGCUGUCGGGUAUGACAGCCAGACUCUUAACCUGAGGGGAGGGGGAAACAGAGGAGAAAUUGGAAAAACACAUUUUGGCUUUAUCACUUGAGUUGUAGAAAGUUGGAUGAGAACCAGUGGUUGAGUUCAGAGAAGCAGUCAGUAAGGGAGGAAGGGUGCCAUUGGGUCAUGUAGGGAACUACAGCUCUCAGCAAAUGUUGCCAAGAGGGAGGAUGUAGGUGAUAAAGAGGAGGGGACCCAAGUCAGAGCCCUGGGGCACAGCAGAAGAAACGGGGGCACGGAUGGGAUUUGAAUGAUUUCAUUUGAACAAACUGGCCUGUUGUUAGUAUGGUUAGCACACCUGUCGUUGUUGUCGUCGCGCAGCCGGAGAAUCUGCUACUGGCCUCCAAGUCCAAGGGGGCGGCGGUCAAGCUGGCCGACUUUGGGCUCGCCAUCGAAGUGGAGGGCGAGCAGCAGGCCUGGUUUGGUGAGAGUGCCACGUCGUCAUCUUCACCAUCACCGUCAUCUUAAUAUCACCACCAUCAUCAUCGUCCUCAUCACUGUCACCGCUUCGCAGGGACUCCUGGAUAUCUUUCUCCCGAAGUUCUUCGGAAGGAUCCUUACGGGAAAGCCGUCGACCUCUGGGCCUGUGGUGUGUCCUGUCUCCUGGCGUGUGUCUUUUGUGUCCUCAGGUGUGAUCCUUUACAUCCUUCUGGUGGGCUAUCCUCCCUUUUGGGAUGAAGACCAGCACCGUCUGUAUCAGCAAAUCAAAGCGGGAGCGUACGACUUCCCGUCCCCCGAGUGGGACACGGUGACCCCCGAGGCCAAAGAUCUCAUCAACAAGAUGUUGACCAUCAAUCCGGCCAAACGCAUCUCAGCCGCCGAGGUCCUCAAACACCCUUGGAUCUCUCAUCGCUCCACGGUGGCGUCCUGCAUGCAUCGACAGGAGACGGUGGAAUGUCUGAAGAAGUUUAACGCCCGCCGCAAGCUCAAGGGCGCCAUCUUGACGACCAUGUUGGCCACCCGCAACUUCUCGGGAGGAAAGAGCGGCAACAAGAAGACGGACGGCGUCAAGGAGUCGUCAGAGAGCACAAACACCACCAUUGAGGAUGAGGACACUAGAGUGAGGAAGCAGGACAUCAUCAAAGUGACGGAGAUGCUGAUCGAAGCCAUCAGUAACGGCGACUUUGAGAGCUACACCAAGAUGUGCGACCCGGCCGUGACGGCGUUCGAGCCGGAGGCGCUGGGGAACCUGGUGGAGGGCCUGGACUUCCAUCGCUUUUACUUUGAAAACUUGUGGUCCAAGAAUAGCAAGCCGGUGCACACCACAAUCUUGAACCCUCACAUCCACCUGGUGGGCGAGGAGGCGGCGUGCAUCGCGUACAUCCGCGUCACUCAGUACAUCGACGCCAACGGGACGCCACGCACCGUCCAAUCGGAGGAGACCAGGGUGUGGCACCGCCGCGACGGCAAGUGGCAGAUUGUCCACUUCCACCGCUCGGGCUCGCCUUCCACGCUCAGCAACUAACGUCCUGUGUGGGCGGUCCUUGGACGAGGUCAUCGUCGCCACGACAACCGAUUGAUUGACAGCAGGCCAGUCACGUCGACAAACAGGAAGAGGAGGAGCCCAGGGCGGGGCCAAAGCACAACGACCCCUUCAUUGUCUGUCCCUGACAAAUCCGACCACCCCUUUUUUUUUCUUCAGCCACGCCCCCUUGUGAACUCGUUGAUCUUUUGUCAUGUGACUAAAUUGACAGGACGCCUCCCUUACCGCAUGCGUCGCAGUGCCCCCCUGUGGCUGGAGGGCUUAUAGCUUAGCAUAGCAGGUGCAAAGUGGAUUGUAUAUUUAUUGAAUGUAAACAGACUCGAAGUGACUGGUGCGUGCGUGUGUUUGUUGCUAGCUAACCAGCAGGGGGCGCUAUGACAGAGCCCGGUUGUUGUUGUUGUUGUUGUUGUGGCAAUUGGUUCCAUCCAGACGCUUCCUUUGUCUCCGACCUUGCGAGCUUCCAUACACAUCUGCACUUAAACUCCGCCCCAUCAGGGGUCUGCUGCCUCCAGGCCCCGCCCCCUCCAUUACAUGUGGGAGGAGUCUAACAUACUUAGGAUGUAGUAAUAAUUUUUUUAAAAAUUUGAUGUCUUUGCCAGGGUUUUUUAGCUUGUUAGUUCGAUUGAAGAGCUUGAAUGAUCAAUUAGCUGCUGCUUCUCCUGUGUGUGCGUGUGUUAGUGCAAGUUUGUGCGAGUGUGUGCAUGCAUGUCUGUCUGCGAGACCCUCCCAGAUGUGUGUGUGAUGAUGUGUUUGUGUGUGUGUGUCCACGUGUGUGUGUGUGUUCAUGAGUGUGAGUAAGUGCCCGUGUGUGUGUUCUCCUUCUUCUGCUUUCUAUUGCAUGCGUUUUGACUUUGACAAGCAACUUCCUGUUUGGAGCUUUGUAGUCAUGUGACUCUUGGCUCGUUUACAUCCAAGCAGACAAAUGUUUUCUUUUUUUUUUUUUUUUUUCAUUGACUAUCUAUAGGCUGAUCAUUCCUGAUUGGUUCUUCACGGCUAACCGGCUGCUUUAGAUUUUCUUUGUUAGCUUAAACUGCUUCGAAAAUGAAAUCUUCUCGUGUACUCAGUGGAAAUCGUCCUGCCGUUGUGAUUGGGCGCUGAUGACGCCAUCACGGUACUUGGACAAGAAGCAGUUUUUAUUUUGUCGUUGCACUUUUUAGCAUUGUUAGCCUGGUGUCUGAGGCAAAGUUUAAUCGGCUACGUUUGUUUUUCUUUGGCUAGCAGCUUUGAAAGUGAACUUUUCUCGUGUGCCCAGUGGAAAUCUUCCUGCGGUUUGCUCUGACGCCGCUGACGUCAUCACGCGUCACAUUGAUGAACAGGAAGUAGUUUUUCUUUUCCUUUUAGCUUUAGCAUUUUAGCAGCUGUUGCUUGGGCUCUGAGCUAAGACGCUAACCCGACCGGGUUUGCUAAACAUGGUAAUGGUCACGUCUCUCAGGUGAAGCGACGACACAAAACAGGGGGGGGAAUAUAUAAAUAUAUAUGAAAUAAAAAUAAAAAGUGAGUCAGUGUUGUGACGUGUAAGCGGCUGCAUGCUCGCUGCGUAACAGGAAGUGAACAUGACGUGCGUGCACGCAGGUGAGAACGUGCACGUGUUUCUCCUGCGUUGUGCUCCAGUGUUGUCAAAUUUUAAAAAUCUAUUAAAAAAAAAUGAUCACAACAACUGACUUCAUGUGCUUUAUUUUUUUCAGGGUUCUUAAUAUUAAUAAAUAAUUCAUUUAAUAGGGUUUGAUAUAUUAAUAAUAAAUUCUUACAUUAGGAAUAUAACAAAUAAUGCAGUGUUCCCUUGUGGUUCACCUAUUGUGGAUUUACUUCAUUGUGGAUUUUUUUCGUAUUCGUAUUGUGCAUAAUUGCCACAUAUUGCCGUAUUUUAAGUGUAUUCACAUUUUUUUAUUGUGGUAAAAUAAAUGCUGCCUAGCCUAAGACAUUCAAACUGAAGCCAAAAAAAAAUACACAUUACAAGGCAUGACUGUAUAAUAUUUUAAAAGGUGUUUAAGAGUAUACAAAGUGGUGAUGACAGGGUUACUACGCAAGUAUGUAAAUGUAUGGAAUUUGAUUUCAUAAAUUUCCAGUUCUGGCAAAGUAUGGAGAAUGGAAUGGGAAAAUAUUCCUGUUUCCGGGAAUGUUGUAACAGCUCUCUUUUCUAAAGCAAAAAAAUAUAAAUAUCUACAAAAAAAGAGUGUUUUUGUUAAGGCGCUUGGAAGCGCAGCUACAAUGUUUGUGUGAGAGCACAAAAGUAUUAAACGCUGGUCUUGGUGACUACUCGAUUCUGA